CAAUACAUGCAUAUACAUGUAGUAAUAAGUAACCAAACAAUCAGCCUGACUUACAAAUGUGGGCCACGCACAGUUCAGUUUACUCAGUGACUGCUGCUGGAGCUUGACAGAACAACAGAUUUAUGGCAAACGAUUGGUCACGAUGCCAAAGUGUAAAACCAACUGCAUUGAAAGGCCUCUGUCUCUUGCCUUUGAAAAGCUUGGUCGUGUUAUUGGUAGCCAUCCAUGUGCGUUUCUUCUCGCCUCAUGCGUAACGGCGGCUCUUGGAACUGGCUUCAUCUUUCUUUCGAAGCUGGAGGCGAAUAAUAUCGAAGAUCAGUUCACACCCGUGAAUGGACCUGCCAAACUCGAGAGGGAGAUCGUAAGGAAACAUCUCCCACAAUCGGAGGAGUUUUCUCUUUUACGGCUUUUGUCUGAAGGAACGUACGCCUCUUUGAUCAUUACGGACGUAAACCGAACAAACAUAUUAACAGAUAAAGCAUUUAAGGAUAUUAUUGAUCUGGACAGAAAAGUCAAAAAUAUAAACGUCACUUUUGAAAAACUUUGUGCCCGCAGGAAAGGAAAAUGUAUGUCGAAUCCAAUUUUAGACGUAUUAAAUUACAACUCUAGUGAAAUUAAUUCUAUAUCCAUUAAGUAUCCCAUGCAUGAUGGAACAUUCAUGGGAACGAGUCUAGGCGGUGUUGAUCUGAAGGCAAAAAGCCCAGAUAUAACCACUGCAAAAGCAGUCCGGCUUUUUUAUUUUUUAAACGAAAAAACAAAAAAGGCAAACUCGGAGUGGCUUGAUGGUUUCCUGGAAUUCUUCUCAAAUUAUUCAAAGAAUACAUCGUCUCUACAGGUGUCUUACUUAACAUCAGAGUCUAGACAGGAGGAGUUAGAGGCCACCUUAGACUCUGUGAUUCCUCUCUUCUCCAUCACAUAUUGUCUGGCCAUCAGCAUUGCAGUCUUUUUUUGUCUGAGGUUGGACUGCGUUAGGACAAAGGUGUGGAUUGCUGUGGCUGGAGUCCUCUCUGCUGGGAUGGCUGUGCUAGUCAGUUUUGGAUUGCUGCUGCUUUGUGGAACGCCUUUUUCCAUGACAGUGGCCACGGUCCCUUUUCUGAUUCUUGGUAUUGGAGUUGACGAUAUGUUCAUCAUGAUCGCCUGCUGGCAGAAGACUAGAGUUGAUAUAGAAGUUGAAGAGCGCUUAGCAGAAACAUAUAAAGAGGGUGCUGUGUCCAUCACCAUCACCACACUGACGGACGUGCUCUCUUUCUACAUUGGUCUCUCAACACCGUUCCGCUCCGUACAAUCGUUCUGCUUGUACGCUAGUACAGCUAUUCUCUUCUGUUACGUCUUUAACAUCACAUUCUUCGGUGCUUGUCUUGCACUGAACGGAAGGCGAGAGAAAGGCAAUAAACACUGGCUGACCUGUAUGGAAGUUCCUAAAGCCACGGGUGACAACGCUACCGGUAACAUUUGUUGCGUUGGUGGUGCUUAUAAUGAAAACACGGGUACUGAUUUAGAAACGCCUAUGGAUUUGUUUUUUAAGAAGCAAUAUGGACCUUUUCUGACAAAAACUUGGGUUAAGGUCUUUGUGUGCGUGAUCUAUUCUGGUUAUUUAGCGGUCAGCAUCUACGGAUGUUUCCAACUACAGGAAGGACUUGAUCUGAAAAAUUUAGCGGCGGACGGCUCAUACGUCAGUAUUUACUAUGAUGAUGAAGAUACAUUUUUUUCGAACUAUGGUCCCAACAUCAUGCUAGUUAUGACAGAUGAACGCUUUCAAUACUGGAAUUCAUCUGAUCGCGAUCACCUCGACAAGUGUCUGAAAGAUUUUAUGAAUCUGUCAGAGGCGUCUACGGAUUCAGAAAUCGCGCAGAUUUCUUGGCUUCAUGCGUACAAGCAGUAUGGAAAAGAAGUUGGCUUAAAUUUGAAUAAUGAAAUAAUGUUCAAAAGAAAUUUGACUGACUUUAUGUUAAGUCAGUAUGGCAGCUUUUAUGAUUUUGAUCAAGAUGUUAACUUCACUAACAAUCAGAUUCUUGCAUCACGUAUGUUCAUUCAGACUGUGAACAUCAGCACAGCGGUCAAAGAGAAGAACAUGCUAAGAGCAUUCAGAGAAACAGCGGAAAAUUGUGAAAAGUUGCCGACACCCAUUAAUCUAACUGUGUACCACCCUAUGUUUAUCUAUUUUGACCAAUAUGCAGUCAUAGUCAGUACCACAAUCCAAAACGUAAUAGUCACUACAUGUGCGAUGUUACUUAUUGCGCUCUUGCUGAUCCCAAAUCCGAUAUGUUCAGCCUGGGUGACAUUUGCCAUUGCAUCAGUCUUUGUGGGUGUGGCUGGUUUCAUGGCAUUAUGGGGAGUUAGUUUAGACUCAAUAUCUAUGAUAAUUCUCAUUAUCUGUAUUGGUUUUUCGGUGGACUUCUCCGCUCAUAUAUCCUAUGCGUUUGUGUCAAGCAAAGAGUGCUCAGCGAACGACAAAGCCAUAGAUGCUAUCUAUAAUCUGGGCUACCCAGUAAUACAAGGCGCAGUGUCCACUAUCGCGGGUGUAAUCGCGCUCGCUGCUGCCGAAAGCUACAUCUUCAGAACCUUUUUUAAAAUCAUGUUCUUAGUCAUUCUUAUCGGGGCUGUCCACGGCAUCGCAUUCAUACCCGUGUUCCUGACCUUCUUUGGCACGUGUGGCAAGACGUCUCAUCACAAACAUGGAAAACAUAAGCUGAGUCCAGACCAAUCUGAGACCGGUGACAGAUACGAUCAAAAAGUGGCAACAGUAACGAAUCAGAAUGUAUUUAGCCAGACUAAAACAGAGUGUAUUCCUCAAAAUAAUGUCCGCUAUUAUUGUGCAAUCGAUUGCAGGACGGGUAUGCGAGUAUUGAUCGCACUGGAGAAUGGAGCACUUUCGAUAGAUCCAGACUGUUACUGACUGCGCUAUCAAUUCUGCGCCCAUGAAAACGUGCAAUUUUACUUAAAGAAAAAACACAGCAACAUAUUUGAAAUAUCUGAUAUUAGUCGUUGAUAGUUGGUGGGGUAGUUGCUUUGACAAUUUUUUGCUGUGAUUGUGUAAAUGUCUAAUAAAAAUAAAAAAUGAAACCUUCUGUUUACUAGAUUAAGUCUUUGUCUCGCUGAACAUUUUUCUUGCCUUUCUGUUUCUUGCCUUUC